UAUUUACUGUCACUCUAAAAAAAACACUGAGAGCUGCUCCUGCUACAAAGAAAGAACCAGAGAGUAAUUGACGAGAAGAGAGAGGGAAAGUAGGUCUGUCUUAAAUGAGGUAAGUGUCGCAGAGUGGGGAGAGCAGUGCAGUUGCCAUGGCGGCGUAGCAGGGCUCUAAUUCCGUGCCAUUAUUGCUUCGUUAACAUUGAAAGAGAAUUCAAGAAAGCUGGCCUUAGCUCAGGCUGCCUGCCUGGUUGGUUCUAUCCACAAGUCAAGAAUAGUAGUCUAGCUUACCCAUCUUCUCUCUUCCUCUCUCGGUCUCUUCCUCUUAUACAGUUAGCAAAAAUCUUGAAAGUUUUUACCUCUUUCUUAACCCUCCACUCAAAAAAGGCUGCAAAAACCUUAGACCCAGAGAGUCCUCAGAAUCAGAUCAAGAGAAGAUCGACGAGUCAUAUAAAAUAUAUAGUCAGCCAUCAAAGAAACACUCCACUGAUUUAAGACUCCCCUAGAAACCCCACCAAAAUUCAACUCUUAAAAGACCCAAAAAGCAAAACCUGUGAUCUUGCAGAUUUCCAGAGUCUGUCAUUUUCCUGCUAUGGAUUUUUUUUCUAAAUUGAGGUUGGUAUCAGCUUUUGGGUGCAAGAAAUGGCAGGGUGGUUCUAUCUAGGUGGGGGAGAAGGACCGUCGAGGAAACAAGAUCAAGAGAAAGAAGACAAUAAUAGUAGUUUGUUUUUGUACAGACCAUCAAACGAGGAGAUCUACAACAACAAGGGGUUUGAGUUAUGGCCGCAGUAUUAUCACCAGCAGCAAAACAUGAACAGCUUCUCGUUUGGAGUGGGUCCUAGUCGAAGAAGUUUAUCUGAUGAUCACUCUUCAAGAUCAGGUUUUAGUUUGACGCGACAAGGAGGAGGAGGAGGAUUAAGAGGAGGAAUGAAUUGUCAAGACUGUGGAAACCAAGCUAAAAAAGACUGUCCCCAUUUGAGAUGUAGAACUUGUUGUAAGAGUCGAGGGUUUCCGUGCAACACCCACGUUAAGAGCACUUGGGUCUCUGCUGCUAAAAGGAGAGAAAGGCAACAACAACUAGCUGCUUUGCAACAACAUAAUCAACAACAAGAACAACAUCAACAACAGUUUCUAGGAGAGAAUCCAAAAAGGCAGAGGGAGAAUCAUGGUGGUGCUUCCUCUCUUGCUUGCACUCGUUUAGCCGCUACCACGUCAGGGCUGGAAUUGACAGCAUUUCCACCAGAGGUGAAUUCAGAAGCCAUAUUUCGUUGCGUUAAAGUAAGCGCCAUGGACGAUGCAGAUGAUCAGUUGGCAUAUCAAACGGCUGUUAACAUUGGAGGCCAUGUUUUCAGAGGAAUUCUCUAUGAUCAAGGUGCAGAUGGCCGUUACGCCAGUACAGGCGGUGAGAGCUCCUCCAGUGGAGCACAACAACUUCUUAUAACAGCAGCAGGAACUAGCACCACGGGAACUACAACAAACACUAGCAAUCCAGCUGCUGGCAAUACUUUGCUCGAUCCAUCUUCUCUAUAUCCAGCUCCUCUCAAUGCUUUUAUUGCUGGUACGCAAUUCUUCGCUCCCCCAAGGUCCUAGCUGCAUUCUAAACAAAACCUAUCUAUUUGUCAAAGAACUCCAUAAAUAGGUGGUCUUGUUGUAGUAGAAGUUUUUCAUUUUUCAGCAUGCAUGCACUCGAAACUGAAGUAGAGAGAGCAUAGGGAUUUUAGAAAUUAGAAAUGGAACAUUGCCAGGAAGGAGAAUGUGGAUGUUUUUUUUUUUUUGAAUUUUUUUUCGAAUUUCAAUUCAGAUUUCAUGAUAUGGGUUUAUUUAAUUUGAU